GUGGCAACUACGUGUCAUCUUGCAUGGCACUGUUCUGCCAAUGCCACGUCGUUCUGAUCAAGUCUGAUCUCUCAAGUCCCCCGAUGCCGAAACUGAGUCGGCUGGCUCCGAUUGUCCGAUCCAACUCAGUGCUGAGUUAGUACCCUCGUCGGUCCUCCCUGGAACAUUCCUCGCUUCUUCCCGUCACUCCAACUCGUUGGUAAGCUGAUACCUCUCUCUCUCUCUGAAGAAGUCUGAACUGAAAAAAUGUCGUGGGCGAAGCAAUGUCCUUCCAACUCCUUCAUUUACAAUGUCACCCAGUGCGCGUGCAACCCAGGUCACGUGCUGAACAGCACCGGAAACACGUGCGAGCUCCUCCGGGUGUCGGCGCCGGAGGCGGCUUCUGUGGUGGGAUCGGGGGUGAGCAGCGAGGGCUUCCUGAAUUUUGCGGAGACGAUCUUUGCAUUUGACUCGAUCAGGAAGUUCACGCAGUCGCAGGCGGUGUUCCUGGAGGGCACCUCAAUCAUGGUGUUAUCUUGGCUGCUCUUCUGCUGGAUGCUCAGGUUCGGUAAGCUCGGGGAUGGGAGGGGACUCUGGUUUCGGAUCAGAUGGUGGAUUAGUCGCUUGGAUAUUUGUUUUGCUACCAGACACUGGCUGGAUGAUCAGCAGUUCGUUAAAAAGAGGAAAACAGAACUUGGUGGAACAUUCUCAAUAGCAAGUUGGAUGCUUUUCAUUGGCUUGUUUGCUGCGUUGCUUUACCAGAUCAUAUCAAACAGAACCAUUGAGGUGCACAAUGUGAGAGCAACAAAUGCACCUGAUUUAACCUCCUUCAUCAGUGAUAUGGAAUUCAAUAUAACAGCUGUUUCGAGUAUGAGCUGCUCACAUUUACGUGGCCUUGGUAUGGCAGUUAGUGGAAAUCUCGGAUUUGUUGACCAGAAAUUUGUCCCUCUAUCAAACUUCGUUAACCAUUCUUGCCAUAACACCAGCAAUGGGCCAACCAUAACCCUGAAGUGCAACAGCUGUCCACUCAUUCAAGACCCUUUGUACAUUUCUUGGCAGUUCGUUGAUCUUCCAAAUGAUCCAGCAACUGCUAUUGGUUUUCAGUUCAAUCUCACUGCAAGGAGUCAUGCCAAACCAAAAUAUUUAAGUUUUGUCAGUGGAAUGCUGAAGAACAGGAGCAAUCUUGAUGAUACUCCAGUCACUUUCAGAGGGGUUGAUGUUAACAUAUUGAAAUUUAAUUUAUUUCCCAGAAUAUUCCGCUACUUACAUGAUCUAAAAAUUGUUCAACCUCUAUUUCAUGAGUUUCUUCCGGGUACAUCUUUUAACGAGAUAAGUAUGCUCCAAGCCUCCCUUCAAAGUUCUAAAGAUGGACUAAUCAACACCACAUUGUACAUCAAUCCCCUCUCUACCUACAUUGUGGAGAUUGACAAGCAAAAUAUAUUGGGGCCUGUGAGCUUCCUUGCGGAUCUUGGUGGCCUUUAUUGCUUUAGUAUUUGCACUUUUUUCUACUUCUUGGUGCAAUGUGAACACAGAGUCAAGAGGCUCCGUAACGAGGAUAGCAUUUUGCGAAAUAUCAGAAAUCGGCGAAAAGCUCAAGACCAUUGGGAUAAACUGAGAAAAUAUGUAAUGUAUACAUGGGGUUGUAGUACAUGUGACGAUGAAUACAACAGCAUUACAAAUGCGUCAUGUUGCCCUGGAGUUGUGGCUGAAUCAUUUCAUGGAAGUGGAUUGUCAAUUAAAUCACGUAAACCAAGGCUACGAAACACAAUGAACUCUUUGAGUUUUAACAAAAAAGUCAACUUACCCUCUAAGAAGAAUGCCUCUCCAGAGUGUGACACUCAGAGAGUUAAAACGUGUUCAAGUGAAACUGCCUUGAAUCCAGAAGGCAGAUUAUCACAUGACAAAGAUGAACAUGUUCUGAAAAAUGAAGCACUUGGGGCUAUGAAAAACAGUGAGCAUGAAAAUUAUAUUGGUUUUCACAAGGAAGAUGUGUCUUGCUUAAUUGAUGAUUAUGCCAUACCUCCUCUGCCGUCAUUAGAAUAUAAGCCGGGCUCUGAAAUUAGUUUGUCCGAUAUUCAACAGAAUCUGCAGAAUUUGUACGAGUACAAUGUCAUGCUGAGGGAUAAGUUUGUUGCCACCCAACGUGCAAUUCAAGCUUUAACGGUGAAGCCGUCAACCAUAGCCUCAGAAAGCCAAACAUCAUAGCAUUUCAAAGCUGUGUUCGAGCAAAAAAAAAAAAAAAAAACCACGUUAAGAGACGAUGUUCGCCGUCCAUCCACUUUUCCCCUAGGAAUGCUGGAGAACUAGUCUUGAGAUCAAGGCCAGCUAUGUUUGGGAUCCUGCUCAUUGAGGCCAAUCAAUGCAGGGGAAGAUGGACCAAAUGCACUUCCAAGUAAUUGAAUUUGGAGUUAUUGUGAAGUUACCCUGCAUGUAAUUGUAUGCUGUACAAUGUGUACAAUAAAUUUAAAAAUUAAAAAGUAUUCAAGUUCCUAUUGUUGUAUUUUGUACAGUGAGAUGAGGAAUUUUUUCGCGAUUCUUUCUCUCUCCCUUUCAGCAUAAAGAUUUCGAGAUGGAUGUAACCCUGGUUUUUCUUGUGGUGAUAUAAAAUGUUAAUGAAGAAUUACAUGAGCAAUUGUUAUGGUGUGAAACACCAAA